AUGAACGGAAAAACAACUUCUCCCGCCGUUCCUCUCCCCGUCUCCACCAUAUCCCCACCGUCAACCGCCGCCACUCAAAUCCGCGUCGCCGCAAAACAGAAAGAAUGGAACAAAGCAAUCAGCACAAGCAUCCGUUCACGUCUCAGCAAACUAUGCCGAGAAGGCCAACCUCACCUCGCUCGUCAUCUCCUCGAAACUCUUCCCCGUCCCUCCACCGUCGUCUGGAACUCCGUCAUCAUCGGUUUCAUCUGUAACAACAUGCCUCUCGAAGCUCUUCUCUUGUACGCUCAAAUGAGAUCCAAACCAGACACUCGUUUUGAUCCUUACACUUUCUCUUCCACUCUCAAAGCUUGUGCACUAACCAAUGAUGUUAUUACCGGUAAAGCUAUUCAUUCUCAUUUUCUUCGUUCUCAUUCGAGUUCUAACCCUGGUCCUAGUAGAAUUGUUUACAAUUCGCUUUUGAAUAUGUACUCUUCUUGUCAACAUCAUUAUGUCCUCAAGGUGUUUGGUGUAAUGCGUAAACGAAAUGUUGUUGCUUGGAAUACUUUGAUAUCUUGGUAUGUUAAGACCAAUCGGUAUCACGAAGCGCUUAAUGUUUUUGCUACUAUGAUUAGUCUCUCCGUCACUCCGACUCCGGUUACUUUUGUAAAUCUCUUUCCUGGUUUAUCGAAACUCGGUGAUUCUAGAAUUGCUCACUUGUUUUAUGGUUUUCUUCUCAAAUUUGGUGAUGAGUAUGUUAAUGAUGUGUUUGUUGUCAGCUCUGCGAUACUUAUGUUUGCUGAUCUUGGUUGCAUGGAUUAUGCUCGUAAGGUUUUCGACCAAUGUUUGAACAAAAAUACUGAGAUUUGGAAUACUAUGAUUGCUUCUUAUGUUCAGAAUAGUUGCCCAGUUGAAGCAAUUGAUGUGUUUGUUCAAGCCUUGGAGUCAGAGGAAGAAGAGGGUUUAUGCGAUGAUGUAACUUUUCUCUCUGUUAUUACUGCUGUUUCACAGAUGCAGCAAAUUAAACUGGCUGAGCAGCUGCAUGUGUUUGUUCUAAAAAGUUUGCCUGCUUCACUUAUUAUAAUUCUCAAUGCUAUAAUGGUUAUGUACUCGAGAUGCAAUUUUGUUGAUACUUCGUUUAAGGUUUUUGAUAAGAUGUUGGAAAGGGACGCUGUUUCGUGGAAUACAAUAAUAUCUGCCUUUGUACAGAAUGGUUUCAAUGAGGAGGCACUUAUGCUUGUUUGUGAGAUGCAGAAGCAAAAGUUUUUGAUUGAUUCUGUUACUGCGGCUGCUCUUUUUUCUGCAGCUUCUAAUCUUAGGAAUUUGUAUAUUGGAAGGCAAACUCAUGCAUAUUUGAUUCGCCAUGGGAUACAGUUUGAGGGGAUGGAGAGUUAUUUGAUAGAUAUGUAUGCAAAAUCCGGCUCCAUUAGGACUUCUGAAUUGUUGUUUGAGAAAAACUGCUCGAGUGAUAGAGACCAGGCCACGUGGAAUGCUAUGAUUGCUGGUUAUACUCAGAAUGGGCUCAAUGAGAAUGCUAUUCUUCUUCUUAACGAGAUGUUGGUGCAAAAGGUACUACCAAAUGCGGUAACAUUGGCAUCAGUUCUUCCUGCUUGUAGUUCAAUGGGAAGCAUGGGAUUUGCUAGGCAAAUUCAUGGAUUCUCCAUACGUCAUUUCUUGGAGAAAAAUGUUUAUGUGGGAACUGCUUUAACUGACACAUAUUCCAAAUGUGGUGCAAUUAGUUAUGCUGAAAAUGUUUUUGUGAGAACACCCGAGAAGAAUUCUGUCUCAUACACCACAAUGAUGAUGUGCUAUGGUCAGCAUGGGAUGGGUAAGAGAGCUCUUACCCUGUAUGACUCUAUGCUGAGAUCCGGCAUUAAGCCUGAUGCAGUUACUUUCGUUGCCAUCUUAUCUGCUUGUAAUUAUACUGGAUUGGUUGAUGAAGGCCUUCAAAUAUUUGAAUCUAUGGAGAAAGUCCAUAAAAUCAAGCCUUCAAUCGAACAUUAUUGCUGUGUUGCAGACAUGUUAGGGAGGGUCGGGAGGGUAGUUGAAGCCUAUGAGUUUGUCAAGGGAUUGGGCGAGGAUGGUAACACCAUGGAAAUCUGGGGAUCUCUUCUUGGGUCUUGUAAAAAUCAUGGGCAUUUUGAAUUGGGAAAAGUUGUUGCCAAAAAAUUGCUGAAUAUGGGUAGGGAGAAAAGAAUGGCAGGAUAUCAUGUUCUGCUCUCAAAUAUUUAUGCAGAGGAAGGAGAGUGGGAAAAUGUUGAUAGAGUGAGAAAGCAGAUGAAGGAAAAAGGUCUGCAAAAAGAAACAGGAUGUAGUUGGGUUGAGAUUGUUGGGUUUUUAAACUGCUUUGUAUCUAGAGAUGAGAAGCACCCUCAAAUUGAUGAAAUAUAUUAUAUGUUGGACAAGUUAACUCUAGACAUGAAGGAUGCGGGUUACAAACCACUUUACAGCUUAAAUUUAAAUAUGAUUUUGGAUUCUAAUGAAUGA